UUUUUUCUUUUUUUCUUUUUCCGUACCAUCUGUAAGAGUAGGGCAGUAAUAUUUUAACCCAGUCCAAACAUCUCUCUCUGUUUCCUCUGAUCCCACGUUCUUCCCUGCUAUUUUCUUCUCACAUUUCCCAUCCUAAUUCAAAGGAAUGACCAUUUUUUUCUCUUUAAUCUACUUCUCUCCUUGUACCUAUCAUUGUUAACGUGGCUUAGCUAGAGAAAAUUAAAGAUGGAUUUGCGUAAUUCUGCACAGACCCGAAAAAAUGCUCAGGAUUAUCUUUCCAAGGGGGAGAAGUUUCUUAACUUGGGAAGCGCAGGUUUUUUAUUACUCUAUUCAUUGUUUUUAACUCUGAUUUUCAGCUUCUACAUGCUUCAUUUUCCCUUCAGCCCAAUCCUCAAGUUCACAAGCAAACAAGAUCCAGUUCCUCGUACUAACUCCUUACACAUUAAUCAACCUGAACUUGAUUAUAACACGGCAGAUUACUGUGACUUGUUCAAUGGUAGUUGGGUUGUUGAGGAGAAGGAUAAUUCCCUGUAUUAUACAAACUUCAGCUGUCCAACUAUUCCAUAUUCGAAAAACUGUUUGUUGAACGGAAGGCCAGAUGAAGAAUUCAUGCACUGGAGAUGGAAACCUGAUAAAUGUAAACUACCUCGUUUCAAUGCUAAAACGUUUUUAUCAUUUGUUAAAGGAAAGACGAUGGCCUUCAUAGGUGACUCCCUCGCAAGGAACCAUAUGGAGUCCCUUCUCUGUCUUUUAUCUUCGGAAGAAAGUCCAACAGACAUGUACAAAGAUGCCGAAGACAAAUUCAGAACAUGGUUGUUUCCUCGUCACAAUUUCACUCUCAUGGUCCUCCGCACAGAAUUCCUUGUCUUUGCCACUGAGAGAGUUAUCAAUGGUUCAUUCACGGGUGGAUUUGACUUGCAGUUGGACAAAUUAAAUGGCAAUUGGACCCAACAUUUACCUAGCAUUGAUUAUGCUAUUUUCUCAGAUGGGCAUUGGUUCCUACGGCCCAAUUACCUUUAUGAAAAUGGCAAACUUAUUGGAUGUGUUUAUUGUGGGGAACCAGGGGUUCAGGAUCUUGGCCCUGGCUAUGCCAUCAGAAGAGCAUUUCAAGCUGCUUUCAACUACAUAAACGAAUGUGAGGAAUGUUCAGGUAUUGUUGUACUUUUGAGGACAUUCUCGGCGGGUCAUUUUGAGCAUGGAGCAUGGAAUGAAGGAGGUAACUGUAACAGGACAAGACCAUUUGCUAGAGAAGAACUUAAAAUUGGUGAUCAAGAUUGGGAAUUUAGGAGUAUUCAAAUUGACGAAAUUGAAAGAGCAAGAAAAGAUGGAGAAAAAUUUGGGAACAUGUUUGAACUUAUGGAUGUGACAAAAGCCAUGUUAAUGAGACCAGAUGGACAUCCAGGAGCCUAUUGGGGAAAUAAAUGGAUGAAGGGCUUUAGUGAUUGUAUCCAUUGGUGCAUACCAGGGCCUAUUGAUGCAUGGAACGAACUUCUAUUGGAAAUAUUAAGGAGAAAACUCUCCACUUUCCACUGAAUUUCGUCGAGAAAUAAUUUCAUUUUUAUUCAAUUCAAGAUUUUGCUCUAUUAGUUGAGGUAGGGAGGAUAUGAAAUAUAAGUAAUGGAAAUGAGUAACAAGUGUAAAUUAUGUCAAAUUGACGUAUACAAGGAUGUCAACAGUUCGAUUCAACCAGUUAUAUCACUUUAUUGAUUAGCAUCCGUUUAACUAAAA